AUUUAUUUGAAAUGACUAUUUGUUGAACACCGUAUAGUUCAAGGAUAUUUUUUCAUACGUAUUUCCUUAAGAGAGCCCUGAGCCUGAGAUUUUGGAGGCUUCUUUCACUUGUUUGAACUUUGAAGGUAUAUUUUAUCUAUUUUUUAAAACACUUAAGAAUUAACAAAUUCUAUAAAGCAUCUUUUCUCAUAGUUUUCAUUCAUACUUUCAGCAACUUGAAGGGAGAGUUUUUAACGUAGUCUGUGUUUUUGAGCACUCUGAGCAUUCGAUUUCUUCCUGGUAUCACUGGUAAAUCACUCAUAUUAUUAUUCCCAAAAUUCAUGAAGCUAAAAGAUGAGCCAUCUUGAAAAACAACCUGACGUUUGACUGGAGGUGAUACUCUCUGGAAUCAUAGGAUUAACAACUUGGAAAAGGCCUAUGAUACUCCUGGUAAACCUCUUUGUGCUGCUGUCUGUGGUUUGCGUCCUCUUAAAUCUAGCUGGAUUUAUCCUAGGCUGCCAAGGGGCCCAGUUUGUGUCCAGCGUCCCCAGGUGUGAUCUGGUGGACUUAGGUGAAGGCAAGAUUUGCUUCUGUUGUGAAGAAUUUCAACCAGCCAAGUGCACAGACAAAGAAAACGCCUUGAAACUCUUUCCAGUUCAGCCCUGUAGUGCUGUACACCUUCUACUUAAGAAAGUCCUCUUUGCCCUGUGUGCCUUGAAUGCCCUGACCACCACCGUCUGCUUGGUGGCCGCCGCCCUCCGCUACCUCCAGAUAUUCGCAACCAGGAGAUCCUGCAUCGAUGAAUCCCAGAUUUCUGCUGAAGAAGUGGAGGAUCAUGGACGCAUCCCGGACCCUGAUGAUUUUGUGCCGCCUGUGCCUCCCCCUUCCUAUUUUGCCACAUUUUACUCGUGCACACCCCGGAUGAACCGCAGGAUGGUUGGUCCUGAUGUUAUUCCCCUGCCACACAUCUACGGAGCUCGAAUCAAAGGUGUGGAAGUGUUCUGUCCUCUGGAUCCCCCGCCGCCGUAUGAAGCUGUGGUGAGCCAGAUGGACCAGGAGCAGGGAUCUUCAUUCCAAAUGGCAGAAAGAUCAGAAGCUGCUGUGAUCCCACUGGAUCCGGGCUGCACACAAGUGACUCAAGGUGGGGCCAUUCCUAAUAUACCUGCAGAAGAAAACGCAUCCAUGUCAACUCCCAGUUCAACCCUGGUGCGUCCUGUGAGAAGCCGGAGAGCCCUCCCACCCCUGAGGACGAGGUCAAAGAGUGACCCUGUGCUCCAUCAUUCCGAGGACAGAGCUGCCCCGGUGCUCAGCUGUGAAGCUGCGACACAGACUGAAAGGAGACUGGAUCUGGCUGCGGUGACUCUGAGGAGAGGCUUGAGAUCGAGGGCUUCGCGAGGCAGACCGCGGUCUUUGAUAGAUUACAAAUCCUACCUGGACACCAAGCUGCUGGUGGCGAGGUUCCUGGAGCAGUCCUCCUGUACCAUGACCCCAGACAUCCAUGAACUUGUAGAAAACAUUAAAUCUGUUUUGAAGUCUGAUGAGGAGCACAUGGAGGAAGCCAUCACAAGUGCCAGUUUCCUAGAACAGAUAAUGGCCCCAUUGCAACCCAGCACAUCCAGGGCCCGCACGCUGCCCUCGCGGAGACAGCCUGGCCUGCUGCACCUCCAGAGCUGCGGCGACCUGAGCACCUUCGCACCGGCGGGCAGGCCCCGAGCCGAGAGGAGGUCCCGGCGAGUGGAGGCUGAGCGGCCACACAGCCUCAUUGGGGUCAUCCGAGAGACUGUCCUGUGAACCCUGGAAGACAGAAGGCCACUCCAAGGGAAAGGAUCCACCUCCUCUCUGCCAUUUCCUGCCUGGGAGCUGGGUCCCCCUCAAAAAAAGGAGCACUCUGGAGGACACGUUUUCCCACCUGUUGGUUCCUGUGUCUGCUGACCGAGGACAUUCAGGAGUAAAUGCACAGGUCGGUCCAGGCCCGUCUGGGUUUGGGAUGCACCGCGUUGGAGGUUAUGAAAGCGUUGAUCCUCUCCUUCCCCUGCUGGGCCUCGCGGCAUUCCCAAGGGUCACAUGCCCUGGCACGGGCAGAAACUGGGCUAAUGAUUCUUUGCCCGCCUCACCCCUUGCGUCUCUCUUUGUUGCUAAGUUCUUUCCCUCUUGGAAGGACAGAUCUGCCUGACCGCUAUUUAUAGCUGACUGUGGCCUUUCACUGCUCUGUGAAUUGGCAGGAAAUAAGGCGAUUAACCCUAUGUGUCCACAAGUCUCAAGCCUUGUUUCAGGUCACCCUCAAAUCACACUCUCUUUAGGCAAAACCAGAAACUUUUUAAGUGACAAAUUUUAAUGCCAGACAUUUAAGGAGAGGAUUAUUGUUGAUCCCAUUUACUCAUGCUUGCAAAACUAGACACCCCUAAGGCAGAACUGAGAAUAAAAAUGUUUACUUUGGGCCACUGGGCUUGAUGUGUAA